AUGCGCGGCUGGUGUGGUUAUCCGAAUUCCAAGAAGGACGGAGGAGUUCAGAGAAGAAUGGACGGCGAUGUGCGGAGUUGCGGUGCGGUGGUGGUCGAGUCGGAGGUUAUCGGCGCUGGUGUCAUCCGCUCAAUGGUUGUUGAGCCUCGUGAUCGUCGACAAGUACCCUUCCGUCAUCGAGUCACCUGGGUGGGCCAGCAGAAUGGACUGUGA